AUGGCCACCCCAAUCUGGAGGCGACUUGGUGCUCGACCCUUCAUCCAAUCGCUUGCAAUCUUGCUAGCUUUCGCUGCACCGAGGCCCUCAGUCCAACUGUCCCAAGAACUAUGCUCCUCGCAGAACACUGGCUCUGAUUCGAAUGCUGUGUCGAAUCACUUCAACUCCAACGGAGCAUGUCAAACUGCCUGCUCAGGUUUCGCAUUCGCGGUCGUACAAAACCAAAACUGCUGGUGUUCGAACUAUUCUCCCGCCGAUACAACGUCCACUGGCAAUUGUAGUGAGGCGUGCCCAGGGUAUCCAUACGAGAACUGUGGAAGUGCGUCAUCAGGCCUAUUCGGAUAUGUUGCUCUAGGCAAUGCACCAUCCGGUACAAUUGGUGCCUCAACCAGCACCUCCACGACGUCGACGCCGACCCCAACUCCCACGACAACUCCUACUCCUACUCCUACUCUAGCUCCAACUCCAACAACAAGUGAUACUCUUCAGGCGACGCCAUCUACGACGUCUACGAGCUCCACGUCUCAACCAAUACCAGUAUCACUUAAUCUUACUCCCACUACCACUUCCACGCCGACGACUCUCACAACUUCCUCCACUCCUACGACCAUCGCCAAGUCCAGUACGACUACAUCAAGCAGCUCCUGGUCAGCUACACCUUUCACGUCUGUCACCACAGUGACUGGCCAAAUAAAAACCUUGACAAUCACACCCACUUCGCCUCCAGCAACAGCGACGACAAUUAUCACAGCAGCAAAAGAGAACAACGGUGGCUUCUUCUCCAGUUCAGGAAAGGUCGCCGGAACCUUUGUCGCUGUGUCAAUCGUCCUCCUUCUCCUAAUCGCAAGUGUCAUCUGGUUCUUUCUUCGUCGCAGCCGAAGGCGGCGACCUGAGCCCGCCGCUAUUUCUUCCGUCGCUGGUAGCAGCACUCCUCAACGUCGGCCAAGUCGACUCAGCCAAAUGGGGUUGGUAGGCGCCGGAGGACCCCAACGUGAGAAGACCGGACCGACGAUACCAGUCAUACAAACGAGUGGCUGGGGCCCUAGUAAUCGCGAUGGCUCGGAGAAGAGCCCAGCAGACACAUCAUCAGCGGUCGAACGGCGAAGCAGCUACCCUCGAGUUGUCGAUCAGAGACUGGAGCCCACGGCGUUAUGGAAUCCAUUGCAUGACAAUGGAAGUCACGUUAGCGUUAGAAGCUUCAGGGAUGACCAGGACUACUCCCGGCGCAUGUUGCGCAUUGCAAACCCCGAUGAUGGUUAG